GCCGAAGACGUCAGCUCUGUCAUGUGAUCAGCUGUGUCCAAUCACAGCUGAUUGCAUGUAAAUAAGGAAAUGCCGGUUAUUGGCAUUCCUCUCCUCACGAGCUGUCACGGCAUUACUCAGAGGGGACAUGUACACCGAUCAUCAGGGCACUGAUGAUCAGUGUGCCCUGAUGAUCAGUGUAGCCCCAUCAGUGCCACUUGCCAGUGCCCAUCAAUGCCACAUAUAUGCCAGCUAUCAGUGCUGCCAGUCAGCGCCACUUAUCAGUGCCAGUCAGUGCCAUAUGAGUGCUGCCUUUCAGUGCCCAUCAGUGAUGCCUAUCAAUGCCCAUCAG